AUAACUUGUAGAUCUUAGUAUCGUUGUCAAACGUGUAGAGUCUCUCAAUUAAUACCCGAUAAAAAGUGUCAAGCGCGCGAGAAGAAACAUUAACCAAGAGUCACAGCCGUGACCUAACCUCAAAAUCAUAGAUCAAAAUGAUUCUUUUUGGGUUAAAUUUAAUUUUUUUCAUAAAUUUGUAGACUUUAACAAGCUUAGAACUGAUAGCAAGGAAAGAAACAAAUACCUGCUCUGGUUACUCGUGGACGCGGGUGUGUGGAAAUGGGACCUGAUAAUCGAUUUGGACAAAAUGAGGCUAUGCCGAAGGUUGACAUAUUGAAAGACGCGGGAAAGCUCAAGUCUACAGAUAUAGUUUAUAUGAAACGCCUGGAGGAGCAGAACUUGGAAAGGGCGAAGAGAGUACACGUCUAUCGUAAAGCUAAUAAUCGUAUGGCUAUCGCUCUAGGCCUCGGAGUCAUUGGAAUUUACGCUUAUACAAUAUACUCGGUUAAGCAGGAGAAAUUCUUAGACGACUUUGAAGUGCCAGAAAAGACGGUCGAGCUCGUAAAGUGAUUUUUCCUUCCCGGAAAAUCACUACCUGAAUAAGUCGUCUGUUUCACACAAGUGUGUCUGCGAUACAAGACUUAGCAUUCGAAG